AUGCUACAAUAUAUCGACAAAACAAUUCCAGCUGAGGACUCACAGGACAUCAUUGAAGACAUACCUUACGUAGAUAUCAUUCAAGGAUCUCGAAGAACGCCAAAUGGUAGUAGUCCGGGCCUGGAUGUUAUAUGUUACGAAAUUUUGCACUUUCUAGUUAUCAACCCGAGCUGUGAAGCAGUUAUCCUGCAAGUGUUCAACUAUGCUUUAUCGCUAGGCAAAUUCCCAAAAUCUUGGCAGGAAUCAUGUAUUGUGCUGCUACCAAAGAAAGGGGAUUUGACUGACCUUGGCAACUACCGUCCAAUAACCCUAAUAGCCUCUGAUUGCAAAGUGUUUACCAGACAACUUAACUCACGAGUCUUAGACGUAGCCAGUGACCUUAUAGGCUCCCACCAAAGUGGUUUCCUGAGAGAAUAUGCUGGGAUUAUGCUGGACAACGCCAAAGCGUACGAUAGGGUACAUCCCCAGUAUAUAUCCAAGGUCCUAGUGAAUUUUGGUUUUCCAAAACAGUUUGUCCAAUGCAUCUGCAAGUUAUUCUUCGACAACUCAAUUUGCGUGAAUGUCAAUGGCUUUUUAACAGAUCCUAUCGAGCAAAGACACGGCAUCAGACAAGGAGACAGUAUAUCACCAAUGCUGUUCAACUUGGCUAUUGAACCAUUUCUGCUAUCUGUGACCAAAAGUACAACUACCUCGGGGUAUAGUCUCCAACACGUCAAGCCUAUAAGCAAGAGAACAAAUAGUUGGGUGGCUCCUCCUCCAUUGAAAGUACUCGCAUAUGCGGAUGAUGUCCUGACAUUCGUCAAAUCUCGGACUGAACUUCUUGAUUUGGAAGAAAGAUUGAGAACUUACAACAAGGCCUCGAACUCCAAGAUCAACUACGACAAGUCCGUGGCCUUCCCUCUUCAUGGUGGAAGAAUGACAAGCCCAACUGAUGGCCUAAUUCAAGAUCAUGCAACAAACAAUCUCAAAAUCAAAUGGUAUGAUUCUACGUCUACAGGAUUUAUAAAAUACCUAGGUUAUCCAAUUUGGUUCUGCAAUCAACAAAGAGACGUAUACAUUGCUAAACUGCUGGGUGAUAUUGCUACUGCUGUUGAAAGGUUUGCAGCACGGCAAGUCUCACUGUACGGCAGAGCGAAUAUUGCCAACACUAUGAUAUUGUCCAAACUAUGGCAUGUCAUUCGGAUCGUUUCUCUGCCCAAAGACACAGUCAAGAAGAUAACCUCAAUCAUUUAUCAGUUUGUAAUGUCUGGUCUGUAUCUACCUCUAAAGGGCAAUUCUCUCUCUUCCUACCAAGGUAUCAAGGCGGCUUAG